CCCUGCUGGGCAAGCCAUGGAGCCGCCUGACCUCCGCGACGUCGAGCAGAAACUGGGGCGCAAAGUGCCCGAGAGCCUGGCGCGGCCCCUGCGCGGGGAGGAGCUCGCGGCCCGCCCCGCCGCCGCGGCCCCCGGCCCCCGGCACCGCCGCGCCGCCGCCCUGGCCCGUCUGGAGAUGAAACUUCAGCUCCUGAGGCAGGAGAUGGUUAAUCUCCGAGCCACUGAUGUGAAACUUAUGCGCCAGCUCCUUAUCAUCAAUGAAAGUAUUGAAUCAAUCAAGUGGAUGAUUGAAGAGAAGGCCAUUGCCAGUAGAGGCAGCAGUUUGAGCGGCAGCCUGUGCAGCUUGCUGGAAAGUCAGGAGACAUCCCUCCAUGACAGCUGUAACAGUUUACAAGACUGUAGUGAUGGACUGGAUGGAAUAUCAGUAGGGAGUUAUUUGGACACCUUAGUGGAUGAUGUCCCUGGUCACCAAAGCCCUUCAGAUAUGGACAAGUUCAGUGAUUCUUCUGUUACAGAGGACCCACAGCCUCUUCAUAAGCAUCCCAAAAUUGAUUCUGAUGAGUACUACUGUUUUGGUUAAUAAGGAGAAGUUCCAGUGGGACACAAAUGCACUUGUACUUAUCCUUUUUCUUUGCUGCUGUUUUAUUUCAUGUGCAAAAGCCCCAGAGUUCUCUUGGAAGGAGAACAUAAUAUGAUACUUCAAUGCUACUGCAUAACUUUUCCAUUGCUUCUAAUGCAUUUUCUCCUUGAUAGGUUGGGCUUUUCUUCUUGCAUUUUCUUUUUCAUAAUUUAUUGUCACAAUUUUUCUUUCUGUUUGUUUCCAUUUUUUACAGUGCUGUAUUUACAGGUCUUUAAAAGUGGUGAAGAAAAAGCUUUAUCUUUAAAAUGAGACAUCAGGGAAUGAGAGCAACAAUUUUGUAUUUGUUAGCAAUAAAAUAUCUUCUAAAAAAUAUAUGUUGCCAUAAAUUUUAUUGACUACCAGGUUUGGUCUUUCCAAAGACAUUUGUUUUUAUUGAGCCUUAAAUCUGAAUCUUGAAAAUACCUCUAAAAAUAAUUUUCCUUUUAUAAGCAAUGAAAUUUUGUUCUGUUAGGCUGUCUUCACUUGAAAUAUAAAGUAUCCUAAA